AUGCCCCACACAACCCUGGCCAGCACCUCCCCCUCCACCCCAACCAUCCACGCCCUCUUCGAGCCCCAAACCAGCACCUGGCAAUACCUCGUCGUCGACCCCACCACCUCCACCGCCGCCAUCAUCGACCCGGUCCUGGACUACGACCCCACCACCCAGACCAUCAGCACCACCACCGCCGAUGCGUUGCUCGCCUUCAUCGCGCAGAAGGGCUACACCAUCUCGCACAUCCUGGAAACGCACAUCCACGCCGACCACCUCACCGCCGCCGCCUACCUGCAGUCCCGGCUACUCAAAUCGCAAGCCACCUCCUCAGCUGCACAGACCAAGAUCCCCAUCUGCGCCGGCCACCGCAUCCAACACGUCCAGACCCUCUUCGCGCAGCGCUACAGCAUCCCGGAGGAAGAAUACCGCCGCACCGCAUUCGACAAACUCUUCCAGGACGACGAGCACUUCACCAUCGGGACCCUGGACGCCGUCGCGCUGCAUCUGCCGGGCCAUACCCCGGACCAUUUGGGGUAUAUGGUUGGUGACAACAUCUUCGCCGGCGACUCCCUCUUCAACCCGGAUAUCGGGACCGCGCGGUGCGACUUCCCCGGCGGGUCGGCGGAGAGUCUGUGGGCCUCCGGGCGGCGCGUGCUGGGGAUGGCGCCAGAGACGAAAGUCUGGGCAGGACAUGACUAUCCGCCGGCGGGGCGGGCGGGGGUGGUGGUGCCGUUUGCGACGGUAGAGGAGCAUCGACGGAUGAACCAACAUUUGAAAGACGGGGUGGGGAGGGAGGAGUUUCUGCGGGUGCGGCGGGAGCGGGAUGCGGGGCUGGGGGAGCCCCGGCUGCUGCACGCUGCGUUGCAGGUGAAUGUGCGCGGGGGGAGGUUGCCUGCGCCGGUGCAAGGCUCAUCAGGGCUGAGGUUGUUGAGAGUCCCGGUGCGGGGGGUGGGUGAGUGGUAG